AUGCUGCUAGCUGACACACUCAGUCGUCACCAUUUAGACAACUCCACCGACGAAGCACGCAGCGUCGACAGCGAUCUCGACCAAGUGGACAGUUUGGAAGAAAUAAACGAAAUACUAAAUUGUGAAACAACAACCAUAUUCCAAGACCACACAACGAAAGAUCAAGACCUACAGCAAGUCAAAUCAUUCAUCCAGUCAGGAUGGCCCGAGAGCUCCAAAGAUCUAUCUCCAGCAAUCACCCCGUACUUCCAUCUACGAGACGAACUAACAACACAUGAGGGCCUCGUGUUUAGGGGAGACCGCGUCGUUAUCCCAAAAUCACUACGAAAGCAAGUACUGAAUGAAUUGCAUGCAGCACACCAAGGGAUCGCAUCGACAAGUCGGCGAGCCAGAGAAACCGUCUACUGGCCACACCUGAACCAAGAAUUGAAAGACCACAUCUCACAUUGCAUCACCUGUGACACAUUCAAUUCCAAGCAGCCGAAAGAACCUCUCAUCCCGCAUGAAAUACCAAAGAGAGCAUGGGCAAAAAUCGGUUGUGAUAUCUUUGAAUUUGAAAAGAAAUCGUAUUUAGUAACAGUGGACUACUACUCGAACUUCUUCGAAGUUGACCGCCUUGAAAAAUUGACAUCACUGGCAGUCAUAAAGAAACUAAAGCCCCAUUUCGCCAGGUUCGGUAUUCCAAAUACUCUCGUGACAGACAACGGCCCACAAUUCAUCAGUGAUGACUUUCGAGACUUCUCUAUGAAGUACCAAUUUGAGCAUAUAACGACCAGUCCCUAUCACCACCAAUCCAACGGCAAAGCCGAAUCUGCCGUCAAGCAAGCCAAACGAAUAAUUCGAACAUGCAAAUCAUCAAACGAUGACAUUUACCUUGCCCUCCUUGCCCACCGAAACACCCCCCAAACAACUCAUGAAACAAGUCCCGCACAGCGACUGUUUAACCGCCGUACAAAGACUCUCUUGCCCGUCUCGGAGAAGUUGCUCCAACCGAAGAUAAAUCCGCAAGCAAACAAACGCAUCCAACAAAGACAACAGCUCCAAAAGAAAUACCACGAUCGUGGCGCAAAAGAGCUCAGCCCGUUGCGGAAAGGAGAAGUGGUGAGACUACAGCCAACCCGAAUCGGCGAAAAGAAAUGGAAGAGAGGGAUAGUCGUACGCAAAGCCGGGAUAAGAUCAUAUGAAGUCCAAUGCAAAGGGUAUACCUAUACUAGAAACAGAAAAUUCAUCCGACGAUCAAGGUUACCUGCAGAAUUCGGUAGUGACAACGCAGAUGAAGAGAUGUCAGACAUGUCCGAAGCGGAAGAGAACGUUUCUGUACCUACUGACAAUGAUCUGCCCCAAGAAAACCCUCAACCAGCACACUUAGAACGCAAUGAAACAAGUACCGAAACAAGUUCUACAAGCAAAACACGUAGUGGACGGUUAGUUAAAAAACCUGACAGGCUAGGUAUAGACACAUAA